AAAUUAGACUUUUCUUCAUAUACGUAUUAAAUACGGAAUGAAAUGGGCGGGAGGGAAGAAGUCGCUUCGCGUGGAAAACACAGGAUCUAUGCAUAAUUGUUUUGUUUCAUAUGGGUUUUCAACUUUCUACUUGAAGCGAAGUCUAUCCUAUCUCUCCAUCUCUUACGACCCAAAACCAGAUUUAAUUAUUUUGUUCAACAUAAGUUUACGAUUCUACUCUACAUAUAUUUCAUUCUAAAAUAUACUUUUAUUUCUAUUUAUAAACUAUUCUUCCUGUUUAUGUAAAUUAUUUUUGUUAAUAUUUUUUAACAAACAACGAGCAAAUAAAACCUUUAACAUAUUGUUCACAAUCAUGAACUUAAAUCAUUAAUCUUGACAUAUCAAGAUCAAAGUCAAUGAUUCGACAUCAUAAUUAAGGCCAAUUCCUCCAUCGGAAUAUUUACCCUAGUUUCUUUUUGUUACAGUUCCGAUAUCGCAUAAUUAAAAUUGUUUGUAUAAUAUUUUUAUUAAUAAAUUUUUAAUAAACAAUGGACGACAACUAAAAUUUUUCUAAGGUUUUUCAGGAAGAGUUAAUAAAAACUAUGUUAUUAUUAUUACCACUAAUAGUGUUAGAUGACACAAAUCGAUUAAGAUAAAGCACUAAUGUAUUAAUCUAUGAAUUAUUCUGUCAUUUUAACGAAUAGCUAUUUCGACUGAAUAAAGAUCAACAUGCUGUCAGUUUGCAAUAGAAACUACAAUAAUAAUGAGUAUAGUGACUACAAUAGAACAAGCUAUACGUCCAUUAUUUCUGACUUCUAAUAUUCUCGGUCUAGGUGUUUAUACACCGGAAAAACUUUAUUUAAGUAUUUUUUAUAAUGUGACAUUGUGGACCACUUGCAGUUAUUUUUUCUAUCAUGUAGUAAUUAUAUUUCAACUAGAAUACUGGUAUCUAGUAAUUACUACUGUAAUCAACAAUGGAAUUAACUAUCUCGUUACUAUUAUAUCCAUGGUUAUAAGUUUAUGUCAACACAAGAAAUUGCAAAUGUUCAUAAAAAGACUUGCUGCAGUGGACGAUACAUUGGAAGACUUAGGUACUCCUAAAAUAUAUCAAAAAUUACAUGUAUGUAUAAAAAGAAUAUUAAUCGGAUGGUUAGUAUAUAGUCUAAUAAUCAAUAUAAGUGAUAUAAUGUGGUGGUUUCGUACAACAAAUAAUUUUUGGUGCAUAAUUAUACCUUAUGUUACGAAUUGUUUUCCACAUGCCAACUUGUUUGUGGAUUUAAUGUUUGCUACUUAUCUAUGGUACAUUGGCACCAGGUUUGACAAAUUAAAUAAACACAUGAGAAGUUUAUCGUUGAGAGAAGAAUGCAAUAUAAGAUAUACACAAAGAAAAGCAGUAUGGACCACUCGUCGAUACAUCAUGUGUAUUAACAAUUAUAAGCAUAUUUGGUGGACCACAAUGCACCUCUAUUUAGAAUUGUGUAAACUUGCUCGCGAAUUAAAUGCAAUGUAUGAAACGCAAAUGACUAUAGAAAUGUUGGCUUGUUUGAUAUAUUUAACAAGAAUAUUUCAUUUCAUUUUUAUACGUAUAACAGAUAACUUAAUGUUAUCGCUAAUAGAAUGGAUCAAUAUUUAUUUAUGGUUAUCUGUAUAUGUAAUUAAACUUUUUUGCUUAAAUUACAUUUGCGAGAGUAUUAGUGCUAAGAGUAACGAAAUGAAAACAAUAAUUCAACGAUUAACAAAUUCUCUUCGAUAUACUGAUAUUCGUGACGAGAUUUACCAGUUUACAUUAUAUAUAAUACAUCAUCCAUUGAAGUUUUCUGGAUUAGGUCUCUUCUAUUUUGGCUAUAGCUUCCUUCGAAAUUCCGUCAUGGCAAUUUUAACUUUUGUGAUUAUUACAAUGCAAAUACCUCGCACAUCUGAAGUAUUUACUUACGUAGGGUUUUAGAAAUAUAACUAAAUUGAUUUUCCGAACAGAUACAAUAAUAUGAAGCACAUAUUUGAUGUUGAUGUUGUAAAUCAACCAACUGCUAAAUUAAAAUUGUUAUUUACAUUACUUACAUUUUAUCGAUAUUUUGCAGCGAAUAUUGUGUAAAUUGCAAUGUUAUAAUAUUAUUAAUGCACAAAUUUCUCAAGUUUUCUGAAGUGUGCCUACAUGGCAUUUAUGCAUUAUGUCUUCAACAAUGGCAAAUAAAAAUGUAUAAAAUAAAACUUUAUUAAUAAAAUUAAAUAAUAACAUACAUUAAAAUAAUUUUAAUUCUCAGGACUAUUUAAAGUCUUAUUUUAAAGUCUUAUUGUGAAUUUUUAGCGAAUUUUCGCGUUCUGUUUUAUAUAUUCAAUAAUAUAUUCACUAAUAUAAUUAUUAAAUCUAUUCAACUAAUAUAUUUAAAUAUAGCACAAAGAAUAAACAAACUUAGUAUUUCUUAUGUGUAUAUAUUUUCCAAUUUAUUUAAACUACGCAUUAUUAUUUUUGGACUUUAAAUGCGGUCACUUAAAGUGAGACAAGAUUAGUAAUACCAUAAUAUUAAAUUUAUUAUCAAUUUAACUAACGAUAAGAUAACUCUUACCAUUUAAAAAUAUUAAAGAAUUUUUGCGAAAAAUAUUACCUCAGCCAACAUACUAAAUAUAAUUUUAUAAAGGUUUAAUAUACUUUUUGCAAAAAGAUAAAAAAAAAUUAUAUUUCUUCCGUUAAGAUGAUUCAUAGAAUAUAAAGAUUAAUAUGUUCAGAGUGAUAUUUGUUACUUUAUUGAACCUACAGAAUGUGUAACCUUGCGCUCGUCAUAAUAAAUAGCUAUUGCGGCCAUAUUUUUUGCGACUAUCUUCAACACUACUCAACGCUAUACAUUAAUUUCUUUAUUAGAAAGGGCCAGUCGCCACAUGUCAAUGGCUAACAUAUGUAUAAUGAAUGAAUGCUGGCAAUUAAAUAA